AGAAAGCGAGUGGAGCUUGCCCUCGAAGCGGAAUUUCAGGACGCGAAACGCGUGUCUUUUGAGCCUACAUCUGCGUAUUAUUGUGCGUGUCUCUGUUAGAGGGUCUCCUUAUCAGACGAUCUCCACUCCCUAGCACGCCUCCAGCGGCACAUUCUUCUUUAAAUAUUCCGGACCAAGGGCGGGGCCUGCAGGGGUGGGGCGGGGCGAGAAAGCGCCGCAGUGAACUCCACGCCUUGGAGGCCGGGAUAGGUGUGCGCCCGGCAGAGCAUCCCAAAUACACAUGCACGCAGGCUCUGACUGAAUCCAGGGCUGUAGGGGCUAAAGAGGUCUAGGGCAGUAGAAACCCGAAGGCCAGGCUGGUCUUUCCAAGGAAAAAGGAGCGUGACUGGUACCAGAUCUUCGUUCCCUGCAGAACCUUGACAGUUGGACAAGUGAUCUCCUCCAGAACAGAUGGAGAGUCUCCAGAAGCAGAGGCUUUAGUGAACGAAAUUCGCAAUAAUCAGCUCCAGAUCCUGAAAAGGUGGGAGAAGAAUCAGUGGCCAGAGCUAACCGCUUCAUACCCACACUGCAUCCUCCUCAGUUUCUCUCCAGGCCACCAUGUCUGCAGGCAACGGCACCCCUUGGGGGUCAGCAGCGGGGGAGGAGGUCUGGGCUGGAUCAGGAGUGGUGGUGGAGGGCUCAGAGCUGCCCACCUUCUCAGCAGCAGCCAAGGUCCGAGUGGGAGUGACCAUUGUGCUGUUUGUUUCUUCGGCUGGAGGGAACCUCGCCGUCCUGUGGUCAGUGACACGGCCGCAACCCAGCCAGCUCCGCCCCUCUCCGGUCAGGAGACUCUUCGCCCAUUUAGCAGCUGCCGACUUACUAGUCACUUUUGUGGUUAUGCCCCUAGAUGCCAUCUGGAAUAUCACUGUUCAAUGGCUGGCCGGGGACAUCUCAUGUCGGACACUCAUGUUCCUGAAACUAAUGGCCAUGUAUUCAGCAGCUUUCCUGCCUGUGGUCAUUGGACUGGACCGCCAGGCAGCAGUACUCAACCCGCUUGGAUCCCGUUCAGGUGUAAGGAAACUUCUGAGGGCAGCCUGGGGACUUAGUUUCCUGCUUGCCUUGCCCCAGCUGUUCCUGUUCCAUAUCGUCCACCGAGCUGGCCCAGUCCCUUUCACUCAGUGUGUCACCAAAGGCAGCUUCAAGGCUCGAUGGCAAGAGACCACCUAUAACCUCUUCACCUUCUGCUGCCUCUUUCUGCUGCCACUGACUGCCAUGGCCAUCUGCUAUAGCCGCAUUGUCCUCAGUGUGUCCAGCCCCCAGACAAGGAAGGGGAGCCAUGGUGAGACUCCAAUUCCCAGGCCUUAAUCCUUAACCCUAGACCUGUUGCCUCUAGCAUCAUUUAUCUACCUACCUAAUAGCUAUCUACCAGUCACUAAACUGUGGUGAGAUCCUAACCAUAUGUCUAGCACCUGAUGCUAAUUUAAUUGAAUCCUUUCAGUUAUAAACAGCUGAGUUAGCUGGACAAGGACUAAGGAGGCAAUCAGUAUUAUUUAUUCUUGAACACCAUCAAGUCUUAAAGUAGACUGGGUGGCUUCACAUUUCUAUCAUAAUCCCUGGGGGUAAGAGAUCAUAUAGUCCCAGGUUGGGAAGGGGAAAAGGGUUUGCAGCAUUCUCCUCCUUGUAGGAGGCGAGCUCUGUGUCACUAGCUAUGACCCUCCAUCAAUUCACCCUAUACUCAGUUCAGAAGCUUAGAGUCUGAAUUACAGUAUAUUUUCUAAAUUCCUAGCCCCUGCUGGUGAAUUUGCCCUCCGCCGCUCCUUUGACAAUCGUCCCCGUGUUCGUCUCCGGGCCCUGAGACUGGCCCUGCUUAUCUUGCUGACCUUCAUCCUCUGCUGGACACCUUAUUACCUACUGGGUCUGUGGUACUGGUUCUCCCCCACCAUGCUAACUGAAGUCCCUCCCAGCCUGAGCCACAUCCUUUUCCUUUUUGGCCUCCUCAAUGCUCCUUUGGAUCCUCUCCUCUAUGGGGCCUUCACCGUUGGCUGCCGAAGAGGGCACCGAGAACUUAGUAUAGACUCUUCUAAAGAAGAGUCUGGGAGAAUGCUCCAACAGGAGAUUCAUGCCCUUAGACAGCAGGAAGUACAAAAACCUGUGACAUCAACAAGUGCAGGAGAAACAAAAGACACUUCUAUAACAUCUAUCUGAUCCUAACAGAGUGUAUAGGAACAAAAUAAUAAGUCUUUAAUACCAUAAUAUCUUAACAUCUCAUUUCUACUCCUGCUCUCCUAGUUCCCCCAAAAAAGAAAUACUGACCAGUGUCUACUUUAAACCCUACCUGAAACUUGAGACUGUAUCUAGUAUAGAAAUUCACAUAACCAACCCAGUCAACACAGCAAGACCCCAUCUCUACAAAAAUAUUAAAAAUUUAGCCGGGCAUGGUGGCAUGUGCCUGUAAUCCCAAUUACUAGGGAGGGUGAGGCAGAAGGAUGGCUUGAGCCCAGGAGUUUGAAGUUGCAGUGAGCUAUGAUCACGCAGCUGCACUCCAGCCUGGGGAACACAGCAAGACUCUAUCUCAAAAAAAAAAAA